AUGGUAUGGCCUCCCGACGCGCUCUCCGGGGUCCUCUUCAAGCGUAAACCGGUGCAGUUUCUGGCUCCCAAGGACGUCAAGGAUGAUAAUGCAGAGGUUCGCAGAGUGACAUUCACCAAUGAUGCGACGAGUACUGAUGCAGGCCCCCAGGUCUGGCAUAUCCCACAGACCGGCGAGGUCUUUGCCCAAUAUGAGGAUUAUCUUACUAGAAUGGAUUUCUACAAACAGCUCGCCGGUGCCGAGGAGGUUGAGCAAGCCUUCCCCGAAGCUCUCAAGGGCCCCGUCCUGCGUCGCGUCCAAUUCCAAACAGUGUCCCGAAUCGAUGCGCUUGUCGACUUGGUGUUUGACGAGUUUAGAGCCGAUUACUACCCGGGCGAGGCCGUGACCGUUAGCACGGCGGAGAGCGAGAGGUUGCAGGGCGUCGUGCGAGAAAAGACCCGGUUCGGCGGCAAGAUAUUGCCAGACGGCACCCAGACCGCCCCCUAUACACGCUAUACGGUCAGCUUGGAGGAACGCCCGGGUAUCGAGGCCGUGGUCGACGAUGACCACAUCUUUCGCGAUCGCAAAAUAUUUACAAAGUCGGUACUGCGCUCCUUCAUCAAGAAGACGGUGACGCGCGAGGCAUGGAACGGAGCGCCGUGGCUCGUGAAGCACGAUGUAGCGGCUCAGUAUCACAUCGAUUCCCGGGUCCCGCCUCACCUACGCUACGAUACCAAGUUGAUGGAGAGGAAGCAGCUACAGGCCCAGAAGCGCGCCAGCCAGACUCCGACGCAGGACGGCAACGGCACCAAUGGCGUCAACGGCGCCAUCCAGAACGGCCCUGCGCGGCUGCCCGAGCUGAAGCCCGCGUUCAAGAGCCAAAAGGGCAAACAUCAAUCGCCAGAGUUCCCUCAGGGCCAGAAUGGCUCGCCAAACAUGGCGUCCGAGGCUGGCAUCUUCCACGCCCCGCCGCACAAGAACCCCUUUCAGCUGCCGCUCAACUUCCGGAAUCAACCGCUACCGCAUUCCAUGACUGCGCCCGAGCCGCCGCCGCCACCGCCACCGCCAAAGUACCCCAUUGAGGAUCUCCAGGUGCCUCUGAGAGAGGGCGUCGUCAGACCCGCCCUGGCGUUCCUCUGCAACGACCCCCCGACGGCCUCCGAUGUGGCCGUGAAUGGCAGCGCCAGCAUACGCGACAAGCUGUCGAUGAAGUCGAUUGGCUCGUUUUUGGAGACGUGGGAUACCCUGAAUGUGUACUGCGAAAUUUUCAAGCUCGACUCCUUUACUUUUGACGACUUUGUGGAGGCCAUGUCUGUUGCAUCAGAGGAGACCAAGGUCCAGCUGUUUGAGGAAAUCCACUGUGCGGUGCUCAAGCAGAUUGUGAGUGCCGAGGCAGACGGCGGCAAGGUGAAUGUCCAGCUGCCCGAGCUUGAGGACGAAGAGGAGGACUCUGAGGAAGACGAGGAUGACGAGGAGACCAAGGAGCCGACCCCGGAAACCGAUCGGCCGCCUGCAAGAGCCACACGAAGCAGUCUCGCCAAAGCCGAGGCCGAGAGGCUGCUGGCCGAGGCGCGGGCAGCGGAAAAGGAAAGCCAGAAUGUGGAGCCCGAGAUCAAGCACCGCGCCGAGGACCUCCUUGAAGAGUACGAUUGGAUUGAAGAGCUCAGGAAACGCAAUUUCCAAAACGGCGGCUGGGAGAGAAUCGUCGUCGGUCUGCUGCACCAGCUCUCCAAGAAUGAGAGGAUGGAGGAGGCGUGCGAAGAUUUGCUCGCCCAGCUGUGUCCGCCCGACGAGGACCCCACCCAAGAGACGGUGCAGGAGCAUUAUGCUCGACUCGACGUCAACUACCGUGUGCAGGCGUUGCAGAUCAUCUGCAUGCUCACAACGCAGACCAAGGCGAUGCGUACCUACAUGGAGGAAUGUAGCGAGCAAAUGACGGCGUUCCGCAAGGAAAAGAUUGACUGGCAGCGGCAGAGGAAGCAGGCCAUCGAGGAACUGCGUGCUCUCAACGACCAGCGUAAGAUUAUGCUCCCCGACAACAUGCCGCCGUCGCCGCCUCCCGAGCCAAAGGCAGACGAGGAUGUCAAGAUGACGGAUGCAGACGAGUCGGCAGCUGACGCUGCCGACGCCGAAGACGAAGUGGCCGACUCUGACGAGGAAGGAGCACCCCGCAGGAACUUCCGCCGCGCCAACGACCGCGCCGCGGAGAGGCAACGCAAACGCAAGGAGGAGCUGGAGCGGAAAGAAAAGGCCGCCGAAGCCGCAAAGGCACCCAAGCAGUCAAAGCAGUUCCUCAAGGUUCUCAAGGAUAUUCGGAAGAAGGAGGACUUUAUCAAAAAGUGCGAAGAUGAGAUCGCCGUGAUCGACAACGACCUCCGCGAAGCCGACUGUGGCCGGACCCGUGUCUUGGGUAAGGACCGAUUCUGGAACCGGUACUACUGGUUCGAACGCAACGGCAUGCCGUACGGGGGGCUCCCAGACAGCUCAACCGCUGCCGCCGAGUACGCCAACGGUUGCAUAUGGGUGCAAGGUCCCGACGAGCUGGAGCGCCAAGGAUACAUUGACACCGACCCCGAGUACCAGGCCGAGUACCAGACCAAGUUUUCCAUGACGGUGCCGGAGCGGAAGAAGUUGGAGGAGGGCCCCACCAGCGUCUUCAACGCCCACCAGUGGGGCUACUAUAGCGAGCCCGAGCAGGUCGAUGAACUCCUCAAGUGGCUGGAUCCGCGGGGCUUCAACGAGUUGCGGCUUCGGAAAGAAAUCGUGGCGUUCCGGGACAAGAUCGUUCAGCACAUGGAGAACCGCAAGACGUACCUCGCUGCCGCAGAGCCCGAGGAGCAGCAACAGCAGGAGGAGGAAAAGGAAGAGAAGGAGAAGAAGGGCAAGAGGCGCGACUCGAAGCGCAUGAGCACCAGAGGCCGCCAACACGAGCCGACGCCCGAACCCACAAACUACCGCUGCCUCGCGUGGGAGAAUUCCACGGCCAUGGAGGAGCUCGGCCAUCUCCACUCGGAGCCGCCGCCGCCUCCGAGACCAAAGAAGCAGACGGCCAAGAAGCGACAGGCCGUGGAGCCGUCGCCUGAACCCGCGCCCGCGCCCAAGACGAGGCGGCGUAAAUAG